UGAGAUUAUCCGAUUCCUCCAUAUUCAUUCGUCGGUAGCCAUUGUGGUGGCGUGAGACUUGUUUGUUUCAAGUGUGCAUGUGCUGCACAUUUGUGUCUAUAACAAGACCUUUCGUAGCCAUACGUCAUAGAAAGGAGGGUCUUGUAACUUAUCCAGAGGGUAUUGGAACUUCAAAAGCGUCCAAAUGUUGUCCUUUGUUGCGUUGUCACAAAAGGAAGGAAAACUUUCGCCGACAAGAAAAAGUCUCGUUCAAGUGCGUUCUCGAAAAGUUGAGCACUUGGAUGACUCAUUUGACAAAUAUUUUGGGGGACAACACCAAAAAGCUUUGGAGACAAACAACUCAGGCUGAAGAACAACAAACAGAAGGAGAAACGGUGCAAUAUUCGGUAGUUUACUCCCAAAAACAACUUUUAAAAGGGCAGUUGGAGAAUAUUUUACGGGACUUUUACUUUUUGCCACACACCCUAAGGGUUGGUACAGCAUUAUCUCACAAACUGUCCAGAAAUGUGACACUAUCUCACCCAGUGUUGGAACGAUUGGGCUUCCCAGUGGUUCUUCAUAUCCCGAAGCUACUGUUUUUACUAUUUAUUUCCUCCUUCUCAUUUUUCAAAAAUUGGUUAAAGAUUGAGUUUUUAAGUUUGGACGAUAUGGAGUAUUUGUCUCCUGAAGAAGGUCAACUGGUGGCAAGAUUUCAUUUAUGUUUGGCAGUUAACAAUAGAAAAGUGCAACAAGUUGUAUUUCUUCGUAUUCAUUUAGACUCUAAUGGGAAUAUAAUGGGUUGGCAAGAACGUUGGUCGGAGUCCAUUGCCGACCUUUCAAACAUACCCAAGACAGUGAGCAACCUAUCAAAUGAAAGCAAAACUUUAUUUCAUAGCAAUGGAAGUUGCGAAAAUUCUUCCUCUAGCAAUAUGGAAAAGACCGUUAAGGGAGGUAGUCUGGAUAUCGCAGUACUUCAAAAGAAUUUAUUUAGUGCCUUUCUUCGGAAGAAAACCUAUAUUCAGCGAUCAGAGUGGUAUCAUUCGCGUGUAAACAAAAUUAUCAAUUGGUCAAAGGAACAGGCUCCAAGGCUAUUCUCCUCACCAGUGGAUCUGGGAGACAUUUACUCGGAAUUUGUCGAGUUGGAGAACCCUUUUGUUGUCGCAUACGGAAUUUCAGCAGUUCAACAAGUUCAUCGAGGUAUUCGUAUAUUAACUAGACUGUUGUUCCAGUAUAUGGACUGUAAUAUUAUGAGUGUCGUUCAUCCUAAUCCGGAGACAGUUAUAGCAGUAUAUCGUAUAUAUGGAAAAGGGCGUUUUUUGGGUGGAAGAGUACAAUAUUUGAGCAGAAACAUUAUGACAAUAGAUCUGGAAGGAAAGAUAGUUCGGCACCAGGAAACUUGGAAUGUUGAAAGAAAUGAAAUUGUAAAAAUGUGGUUGUCUAAUGAAUAAAUCGCUGACUGACUGUUAAAAUUGAUUGGCUAUACAUUUUCUCAUUUUGAAUGAAUGCCUAUUUGGUUCUUGUCCAAGUCUCUUCUGGUAACUGUAUAGAGACCCUUGAUCGAGGCACAACAUCCAAGUCAACUAGACAUUGAACGUUUCAUCCUCUCUUCAUGAAGCUGAUUGAAAGGCUUUAAAGAGAUAUUUUGUAUGUAAAUCCUUCAAAGGAAAUUUCCCCUGGUGUUGAAUUCUAAGGAAUAAGGAGUACAAUCGUCUGAGAUUUUUUGUGCAGCUUAAACUGUUUAUACAUUAUAAAGUUGGAUGAAGACUUUCAAAGGGUCUCAUCCUAUUUUAGGAAUAACUUUACAUAGGGGUUUUGCCGACUAGACAUAGCCUUAUCAGCACUCUCCAGGAAUCUAAGUAUCACUAUCUGCAGAUAAAUUCAACUUGGUCUAG